AUGGAAGGAGGAGAGUCAGAGAUCAGGCUUAAUAUUACUGGAGAGGAAGAUGCUAAAUCUCCAGAGAAAGAGAUUGCUCAGGAACCAGUCAGGAAACUUCAGCACAAGUUCCUUAAAGGAGCUCAGAAGGCAGGAAAAUAAGCCCGAACCAAGAAUAUCAAGAGAAGAUUUGGAGAGAUUAAAGACUGAAUUUCAAGAAAACCUUACCAGACUAGAUAAUAAUGAUACCAAAAAGGUAGGACUUGAGAGAUGUGAGAAGAUUAUUACCAACAACACAGACCCCUUGCAUCUCAGGAUGUAUCUAUCUCAACUCUGUGUGCAAGCAAAUACUUUGAAAAUACAGAGAAAUAAAGAGCUACAAGUUAUUUUAUUAGGGCAUGUAGCUAACACUUUUCAAAAUGGGAUGCUAGACCCUAUUGAUAAGCCUCCUAGUAUUUGUAAAACUAUUUCAAGAGUUUGAGAACAGGUCUGUGUUCAUAUGAAGGAAAAUUCUCCAUUUGUCCAACAAGCUUGUGGUAAAGCAUAUGUAGAGGUCUUUGAAUCAUGCACUCCUAAUAAGGAAGAGAAGAGAACAGUUAACAUGCUAUUCUACGAACGUCUCGAAGCAAUAAUCAUGGGUGGUAGUGAUAAAGUAGCACAAAAGGCAGCUUGAUACGCUCUUAGCCAACUCGUUAAGCACUUCAUCGAUCAUGACUAUACAGCCUUGGUUGAAUUUUUCUGUCCUAAAAUCAUUGGUUUAUUCUCAAAGACAAGAUGCUUCCACUUUGACUUGACAAGAUGCCUAAUUUAUUUACUAGACAGCAAUGGAAGUAAAUAUUUUGUGGGAUGAUUAACUGAGAUUUUCGACAAGUUAAAAGAAACCAUUCUAGAUCCAAGGAUCCCAGAGUACCAAGAUAAGAUCGAAGCAUGAUCAUUAUUCACUGUUCUAGGGUUCAACCUAGGAAAUGUAGCUGACUUAGUAAAUAAAUUUUACGCAGCAGAUGUAUUGAGCACUCUUAACGAAGCAUCUACGAACAGGGUUGCUAAAGUCCAAAAAGCAGCAAGGGAUGCAAAAGCAGUAUGGGAACAACUCUGUGAAAACGGAGUUGCUUUAGCCGAUUCGAAACAAGAAACUGACCACCUCGAGGAUGGAGCUCUUACUCCAGACGAUUUAGUCAAAGUAAAAGCCGGCUAUGGAGCAAUCGCCGAUGCUAAAUCUCUCGGCUAUAUGAAAAAGAAGAGCAAGUCUCGUAAAAGGAAGAAGGGAAGUCAAGUCCUUCAGAACAAGAGGUCUAAAUCAAAGCAGAUAAACUCCUCUAAGAACAACAAAGACAGUAAAAUGAUGCGUGAAAAGAUCUUCAACAUGGAACAAGAAAGGAGGAACUUAAUGAAAUAAGGCAGAUGUUUUAAAGAAGCGUGACUCGAGCAUCAACAAUCUGAUGGACAAGUACAUCCCCACAUCCAAGAAGAAGAAGCAGAAGAGCCGGAGUCGAGGAAGCAUCAUGAGCAAGAUCAAAGAGAGGAUGAACGAUGUAGAGAAAGGCAAAUCAAUUGAAAUCUUCGAAAGCAAGAAAGGCAAGCAGAUGAGACUCCAACGAGAACAGAGGGAAGAGCUAGAGAACGAAGGCGGAGAGACGGAGAUGAAGCAGGCAGAGAAAUCGCCACAGAAAGAAGAAGAGGAGGAAGGUGAUGAAUUCAUGUUUGAAGAGGAAGCUAAGGAUGAAGGAGACCAGGUUUUUAAUACAGGGAAUAUACCUAAGGAUCUGAAAAAUGAUCUUAAUGAGGCCAAAGAGGGGUUAGAUGAGUCGAUAAAUAGAGUAGAACAUGAGGAAAUUUCGAAUAAGAUCAUGGGGGAUCAAAAGCUUGAUUCCACUUUUGAUAGAGCUGAAAGAGAAAUUUCUCCACAAAGAUUCAAAGAAACUAAUCAAGAUGGUCUUGAUAUUGAUCCUUUGGAAGCAGCAGAUUAUGAAGAGCAGCUUCUUCAAGCUCAAAAUAAAAAGCCAAAAAUUCAACACUCCGACGACGAAGAAGAUCCCAAUCUCCAAGAUUCUCUCCAAAGAGAGCAAUAUGAAAAAGAGCUUCUUCAAGAGCAAGCUCAAAAGGCUAAAAUGGAGCGUACUUUACCAAAAGAAACCUCUAAUUCUCCUCAAAAAUCUCAGCAAGAAGCUGAAGAAGAACUCCAAUAUUCUCCUGAAGAUCUCCCUCCUGUCGAAAACCCAACUCAAAAGUCUAAGAUUCAUUCUCCAACCCAUAAGAUCGUUGACUCAAAUGCUGACCCUUCUCAAUACCUCCAACUUCUAAAACAGAAGAACCCAAAAAUUCCUCAGGAAGAAACCAAAGGCUCGCCUUCUUCCAAUCCGCUGGAUCAUAACCCGCAGGCUUCUUCUCAGCCUACAGAUUUAAAUCCUCCUUCAGCUCAUCCUCAUCAUGCUAGAAGUCGUCAAGACAAUGUGGAAGAAAGAGAAGAAGGCAUGAGAGAUGCAGAAGACAGGUUUAGAGGAAGCGAUAGAGGUAGGAAUGAGAGGGAUUUAAGAGAUGAGAGAGAUACAAGGGAUAGAUGGCAUGCAAGGGAUGGCAGAGAUGCGAGGGAUAACAGGAGUGGGAGAGAUAAGAGAUAUGAUAGAGAUAGGAUAGAUGAUAAUUAUGAGAGAGAUGGGAGAGAUGAUAGGUAUGGAAGAGAUGAUAGGUAUGAAAGGGAUCAGAGAUAUGGAAGAGAUCAAAGAUAUGGAAGAGAUGAUGAGUAUAGAUCUGAAGGCGUUAACCAUGGUCUUAUAAGAGACCCAAUGCCUCAGUACACAGUUUACCCUCCUCCUCCAGUUUACACUCAGCCAAUAUAUCAAGUUCCUCAUGCUAUGGUUAUUCCAAAUAUUCCCUCUGGAGGAGCAGAAACACCUCAGUUUCAUCAUACAGAAAGAGAUCACCAUGUUAGAAGUUCAGAGAAAAAGAUCGAUCAGCAUAAGCUAGUUUAUGACGUUGGUACUUCUCCUGAACCAAUCAUAGAAGAUCCUAAUGACAUAAACGAAGACCUAGGCCAAGAUCUAAACAUAGAAAGCAAAAUGAUUAACAAACCAAACCCAAAUUCUCCUGAUAAGAAAACUGGACUUAAUGUUGAAGCCCAAAAAUCCUUUGUUAUUUCUCCGUCUGAUAAGAAAAAUGUCUCUUUGACCAAUAACUAUCCUAUUCUAGACCCCAUCACGAGAGCAUGGUGAGAUGCACUAUCUUACUUGGAUGAAGAGGAUUUCCAAUCAGCUUAUGAAACCAUUCUUUCCACAGGUGAUGACAUCUAUUUGCUACGACUAGUUUCUCAUACAGGACCAGUGAUCAACUAUUUGCACCCAAAGACAGCAGCUAUAGUAGUUAGGAAGCUAAAUCAGAUCAUCAGAUGCAACAUUUUCUCUGUCUUCACUGCAGAUUGGAUGGAAGAGUCACAUAAAACAGGUGUCUUUAAGACCUUUAAGUACUCUGAUCAGAACGAAUACCUUGACACAUUGGAUCUCUUCAGUAAAGAUGCUAACGACGCUGAGCUCUCAGGCAGAGCAACCAAGCUUUACCAAGACAUAAUUGAUGAAUCUGUAACUAAUGAAGGCUAUGAUUAAAUUUUUAAAUACUUAUCUGAAUCAUCAUUUGUUCAAGUUAGCUUACUUAAAGCC